GCUGCUGUCAACAGAAAAGGGAAAAAGGACGAAUAGCGACAGAAACACUUGGCGAAGUACGGAGAUUGCUUGCUUCGUAUUGUCGUAAAUUCGAUGUUUAUUUAUUCUGACCUUUAGCUACACAAAAGCUAUAAGCCUCAUUACCAUUAACUUUACCGUAAAUCAUUCAUAUGUAAAUAAUUUAGUUUGUGCGUGAAAUUUAGUGAUACACCAGUGCGACACCGGAAUGCGUUAAGCCUUACAUUUUGAAUAGACCCAGUGAAGUCCGAUGCAACCGCUCAGCCAGCCCAUUUCCUGUGGGUGCACAUCGAGUAACAUAACAUAUAUAACCUAGUCAGCAGGACUAUAAUCUGCAUGUGAUAUAAUUUAUUCUAGUUAUAUACAAUAACGACUAAAGAGAAACAUACACAUACUCCAAAUAAACGAUUAGAACGUUCUCCAAAAUAAUUAGAGAAACUAGAAUUAAUACUAAUAAGAUAAAGGAGAAAUAUUACUUGAACCUGUACUCAGAAAUACUGAAGAAGGUAAAUUAAAUUAAGUACGAUAAUAAUAUAAUUAAAGAAGACACGCUUAAAUAAGAAGAUUUAAAUAUAGAACAAGAUUUAAUUGUUAAUAAUAAAGAAGAUAUCCUGAGGAUAGCACAAAACAUAAUGAGGGACAGCCAGAAACCUUGCCAGCACACGUUGACAGACGAUGCGGUGUACAAAGAAGUGGUUGUAAUAGGUAACGGCCCCAGUGGGAUGGUGACGUCAUUUAUGCUAGCCGGCAACGUGCCAUAUCUCAAGGAAGUGCCCGCAGACCUACCCAUUGACGAUAUGCUUAGGGCCAGAUUGGAAAACAUACCAGCAGGUCAGAGCCUUUACGAGGCUGACCUCUCAGAGCUCGCAGAAGGCCUGGAGGGCAGGAGCCAGAACCCCAUUCCACUGCUGAUGGAUAAUUUAUUAAGGCCGUGCGCAGACCUGGGCAUCCCGGCAGACUCGCUCAUUGAGUGGAAAUAUGACGUAGAAAAACAAAUAGAUCACAUAGUCCUAGGUCGGGGCCCUCCCGGCGGCGCGUGGCACACCUUCCCCCCCUCCGUACUCACCCUCUCACCCGCAGCGUGGCUCUCGCUCCCACCAUACCCGGCCGAGGGAGAGGGCAGACUACCAGCACGCGCUGUAGCGAACUACUGUAGGAGAUAUGUUCAGAAGUGUAAACUACAGCGCUACUUCCGGUCGGGCGUGAUCGUGUCGAGCGUGCGCGGCGCGCCGCGCGCGGGCGCGCCGUGCGCCGGCGCCUGCCCGCACGGCGCGCGCUAUGUCGUGUCCGGCUACGACAAGUCGUGCGGCCGGCCGUUCCGCAUCCUGUGCAAACGCGUGGUGGUGGCUUGCGGCGGCGGCGACCGCCCCAACACGCUGGCGCCGGCCGCGGCGCCGUGCGCGCUGCACUCGCUCAGCGCGCUGCAGAGGGCGCUGCCCACCAACAUUCCGAAUGCAUUAGAUCCGCCCGUGGUGCUGGUGGUGGGGUCGGGCGUGAGCGCGGCGGACGCGGUGUGGCUGGCGCUGGCGGCCGGCUGCCGCGUGGCGCACGUGCACCGCGCGCCCGCGCCCGCGCUGGCCAGGCUGGACCCUGACGCCUACCCGGAUUAUACGCAGGUCUACAAAAUGAUGUGCGACGGGCCGUCGGGCAGCCACCCGAGCUACACCCCCUACCCGCGCCACGUGCUCGCCGCCGCCGCCCCCCUCUCCCCCAGGAAACCCCCCAAGAUGGCCGACGACGAAGACUUCCCCAAAUCCGUCAAACUACUCGACAUCGUCACAAAUGAGAUGACGGAGUUAACCGUCUCAAUCAUCGCUGUACUCAUCGGCUCAAAACCUGACUUAUUCUUCUUACAAACUAACUUUAACUUAAAUUGUAUCGAUUUAAAUAAUUGUACCAAAUGUACUGACGAAUCCAAGCAUGCCGCUAAGCGAAAAAUUGAAGAUAACAGAUGUUUUCUAAAAAACCAUUGGCAUUACUUCAAAACUGUACUCGGACAAAGUAUUCAAAGCUGCAAAUCACGGUAUUUAAACUAUUCAGAAAUUAACGGCAACGACACUAAAUGUAUCGUACCUGAUUGUAACAAACGUAUGAAAGAGUGUAAAUGUGAGGUGGUCCCGUAUUCGGAUCCUUUAGAGAAUAAGAUAAAAUGCCAAUGUCAGCCUUCUAAUCCGUACUCGAGUGGCAUAGGUUUCGGUAUAGAUCCUAAAGUAGGCGUGGAUUGCAGAGGAAAUCCUGUAGCGAUCGAUAAAGGUACACAUGAAAUGCUUUACAGCCCCGGGCUGUACGCCCUGGGGCCGCUGACGGCCGAUAAUUUCGUCCGGUUCAUUCCGGGCGGCGCGCUGGCGGCCGUGGCGCACAUGCACAAGGAAAGAAAGAAUGAGUGGACUGGUAUAUGUUGAUAAUUGUGAUGAAAUUCUUUUUACAAUAAAUAUUUUUUUAUACCUGAA